UUAAAUUCUGUUUUCACCUUGUUUACUCUCUCUGCUCUUAAACUAGCUAUAGCAACCUUUGUCACUUGAUCUCCCCCCUCUCUCUCUCUAGCUACUACCUGUAUGUAUUUAAAUUGUUGCUUGUUCAAUCUCCAUCUUCCCUCUAACAGAUUAUCAGGCACAUACUACAUACAAAUGCAUCACUUAGAUUAUCCAUGCAAACUAUAUAGCUAGAGAAAAACAUAUAGGUUUCUUCUAUCUCAUAUCCUUCUUUCACUCUCUUUGCAAUCUCAUCAUAUCUUUAAGAAUAUCACUAGCUUAUUAUAACUACUACUAGAACAACAGCGAAAUCAUAUACAGGACAGAAUGUGGAUGAUGGGGUGUAAUGAAGGUGGUGGUGGUGGUGGAUACAACACUGCUACUACAACCACCAACUUUGAUUCUUUCAAUGGUCGGAAACUUCGUCCACUUAUCCCUAAACCCUGUAAUACUACUACUAACGGUAAUCUUCUUCCAACAUCAUUGUCUUCAAAUCCUCCUUGCUUGAGUCGUCUACGUGGGAGUGACAUUAUUUUAUUUAACAAUCACCUUGAGCAAAGUAAGAGGGAGAUGAAUACAACAACAACGGUUGUGAGUUCAAGAUGGAAUCCAACACCUGAACAGUUAAGUACACUAGAAGAGUUGUAUAAACGUGGUACAAGAACACCCUCAGCUGAUCAAAUCCAACAUAUUACUGCACAACUUCGACGUUACGGUAAAAUUGAAGGGAAGAACGUUUUUUACUGGUUUCAAAAUCACAAAGCUAGAGAAAGACAAAAGCGUCGUCGCAGAUCAUCUGAUGAACCAGCUAGUGGUAGCAGUACCAUCACUGAUGACAAUAACAACAACAACAACAACAACAAGCAGCAGCACCAUGAAACUGAAUGCUUAUUCGAAACAAAUGAAUCAAGGAUGAGUAAGACAUGUUAUGAAGUUGAACAGACCAAGAACUGGCAUCACCCUACAAACUGCAGUACACUUACACAGGAACCUGUUUCAGUGCAAGGAGCAGCAUUAGUUUCUUCUGCUGCAGUAGAAAGUAGGAAUACAAAUGGAUGGAUUCAAUUGGAAGAUAAAGAAUUACAUCAAAGAAGAAACUCAUCAGGCUCAGCUGAAUUACAAGCCACAUGGCAUUUGCAGCAAAUGUUGCAGCAGCAACAACAACACUUCUCAUCUACUAACUCUAAACACCACCUCAUUGACACUACAACAACACCAUCACUAAUACGAUCAUUAAGUACAGAUCCCAAACUCACAAACACUACUCAUCAUCAUCAUCAACAACAUCAAAACCUCAGCUUUCUUUUUGCAUCUAAUAAAAUAUUAAUGAGGAAUAACCAAGAUCAUCAGCAGAGUUAUUACAACAGCACUAAUGAUAUUCAAGACAAAUCUCAGACUCUUGAACUAUUUCCUUUACGUAAAGAUCAUGUGAAUGACUCUGGAGAUACUGGUGAUUAUGGUGAUGGGAUUAAUGAGAAGGAGAAAGCUCACCAAGACAUGUCAGCCUCAACAAAGAAUAUGAACACCACUCCUCCUUACCAGUUUUUUGAGUUCCUAUGA